GUGCCGUGUUGGCGACUCGAUGCUUCUUGGCUUCCUCCCCUCUCACCGUGCCCAAAACCUGGCCGGCGUUGCGGGCCGGCAGCCCUCGCGGGUCCUCCUCUAUGGCGGAAGGGGCCGAGAGAGAAAAAGGCGAGGGACUGAGCCUUAAGGAAUGGCAGGGAUGGGGCACCUCCUCCCCGGUCCCGGCCAUGGUGGCGGAGGUCGUCGAGGACCUGAGGGCCUUGGAGCGAGAGACCGGCACCCACAUGAGCUUCGGCGGCCUCGGUGGGAAGCUUCAGGGUAGUUUCAAAGUUCAUGAGGAUAUAAAACAUAGAGCAGUCUAUGACUCCCUAACUGAUCCUGAAAAGAAGCUCCAAUUCUUUGCUGCUAGGCAAAUAGCCUGUCGUGUGCUCGGAAAUAGGGGAUACCUUUGCCAGAAGUGCUGGCUUCCCAUGGAAGAUUGCAUGUGUUCUAGACUUGUUCCAUGCCCUUUGUGGUGUGGCAUAAAAUUUUGGCUCUAUAUGCAUCCAAAGGACUUUUUGCGCCAAAAUAACACUGGAAAGUUGUUGUGGCAAAUAUUUGGAAUUCAAGCAGCAACUCUGUGCCUUUUCGGCAUCCCUGAACAUGAAGAAAUCAUGUGGGAUGCAUUCAGGCAUUCAGGAAAAGGCAUGGUGUGGUUUCUCUAUCCCAAUAAGAGUUUAUCUCCCAAGUCAGUUCAUGAUAUCUUCCUUGAAGAGCCAUUUACAGGCCUUGAAGAUCAGACAGCGAUUUCUGAGGAGAAGCCUUCAAAUUUUGUUUUGAUUGAUGGUACCUGGAGCAAUUCAGCUGCGAUGUAUAGACGUUUAAAGUGGUGCAGGACCGGUGGACAUCAUUAUGUGAAGAUGAAGAUCUACCUUGUAUUUCUCUAUCAACCCUGGGAGCUUCCCUGAUGCAUAAGCUGCGGCCUCAACCAUCUUGGGAUCGCACCUGUACAGCAGCAGCUGCUGCUGGUCUUCUCUCAGAACUACAUCUUUGUCCUGAGCUCAGCGUGCACGGAUUGGAUGAACAGGCUGAAGCAGUGGAGGAUGCCAUAGAUGUAUUGCUCCAUGCACUCACCACUCGGCGACUCAGGAGGGGUAGGCCCAUCACACGUAAAGACAGACAUUUGGAUCUAAUCAAAUAGGCGAUGCUCGUUUUCAUGAGAGAAUGCAAGCAACUCAGCUUGUUUUACCCAUCAUCGUGUACGCUUGGCAAUUGUAGCCAAUCUUUUUUGAGGUCAAGAUUCUAACCACUGUCCACAAGGGAAAAAAAAAAGGAAAAUUAAGUGAUUUUUGUGGGAAAUGCUGCAAUUUUAUUUUUGCUGGUACCGAUGCUUGAUUGAUUCGGCCAGUGCCUGCUGUGGUUCAAAUUCAGUUGUUCUGAGUACUUGAUGGUGAUAUCCAUUUUUUAAUGCUGACAGUUAUAAUAGUUUGCCGACCAUGCUACUGAU